AUGCUGGAGCUGCAGGAGCUGGAGGUCACUGCAGGAGACUUCGCUCGUCUGAACCUGAGUCCAGUGAUAAAACUGUCAGAGGCAGAGCAGAGAGAUAUGACUGUCAUCCCAAAUGGUUCUUAUAACCUCCAUCUGAAGACAAGUUUCAGAGAGGUGGCAAUUUCACUUUCACUCUCUGGCACAAUAAAUCACAGCAUCCUCAGAGACACUUUGUUGACUCUGAGUGUGUUUGUUUUCUCCCCAGAUGAGGUGACAAUGGAGGAGGUUGGUCAGGAUGCUCAGCUGAGGGCAGGAGAACUCAUCAUCAUCGUUGUGGUGCUCAUCAUGUGGGCAGGGGUGAUAGUCCUGUUUUGUCGCCAGUACGACAUCAUCAAAGACAACGAGCCCAACAACAACAAGGACAAAGCCAAGAACUCCUCAGAGUGCAGUACUCCAGAGCACCCACGGGGGGGAAUACUGCGCAGCAACGUCUGAGACCAGCAGAGCCUUGUGCAAUAACCGAAUCCUCCAACCUCAGGACAGGUGAGGAAUGACCUUCUAAUAGCC